AACAGUCACAUCUACCAGUUCUUCAACCCCCUCAUCAUCAUGAAGUUCUACAUUGUCUUUGCCUUGAUCCUGGCCUGUGCUGCAUGCUACGCUUCUCGGGAAGGAACUGACUUCUACUGCGGACGGGAUCUGGCUAUCACUAUAGCUAACUUAUGCUAUAAGUCUGAGUUAGCUAAGCGUGAUGCGGGCUGGUGGUUGCCUCCCCAAGGUAUCAGGGCUCUGAACGGCGUUCGAGGCAAACGAGGGCCUGUUGACGAGUGCUGCGAUAAACCCUGCUCCCUUAAUGAACUCCUGUCUUACUGCUAAACUUGGUCCGAACUUACUGUUAAAUGUUGAUUGUAAUAAAUGAGAUUUAUCUCUAGUAUUUAUGUGUUUGAUUAAUUAAGAUAUAUUUUUGUUUUCAUGUUAUAUACAGACUUAAACCAAUUUGGUAUUUACAAUAAAAUUGAUUACAAUUA